CAAGAAGUUUAUGUUGUUACACUUUUCAAUUGCUUAAAUGUUGAAACCUUGUGAGCCUUAAUGGAUUGGCUAAUAAAAAAGUUGGCGGAAGACAACACAAAUUUGAACGUACCAAAUUUCGCACUGGCUAAGAGGCGGGAUACACAGAAUGCAAUGGAGAAAAAAUCCGACACGGUAGUACCGAAAGAUGUAACGAAUGACACGGCUAACCGCUCGGGAAAGAAAAAACUAUAUGAGUCGGAGCUAAACAUCCAGUCAUUUUGGCCUGGCGUGAUGAGUCGCAUGCAGGAGAUCACACACAUCGACACCAGCAACCAGUCACUGCCGUUGGCGCGCAUAAAAAAAAUCAUGAAACUGGACGAAGAGGUGAAGAUGAUCGGUGCCGAAGCGCCACUGAUUUUCGCCCAGGCAAUCGAAAUGUUCGUCCAGGAGUUAACGAUGCGGGCCUUUCUAGUAACCGAGAGCAACAAGCGGCGCACUCUGCUGCGGAGCGACGUCGCUAUGGCCAUCGCGACGUGCGAGGAGUACGAUUUUCUUAUCGACAUCGUGCCACGAGAGGAAAAGAGGAAGUCCGAAACGAAAUCGGUCGCCGCUGAGGACGAAAGUGAAGUACGGUACUAUUCACAGAUUGCCAAAGCCGAAUGCCAAAUGCCACCCCAUACUACGCAUUUAAAGUCGGAGCCGUGCAUACCGGACCCAAAAGGUGCCAUCAUUCUGCAGGUCAGCACUAUGCCAACCGAUGUAAAGCUCGAAAGUAACGAACCUCAAGCAAACUCAGCGCAAACAACACAAAAAAUAAUCUUUCCGAAUUCGACGGGCAUCGGGAUGAGUGCGGUCCCCGGCGGCACUCCACCAGGCUACCAGACAUCUACGAUCGGCCAACUGGCAUCGACCAAUCAACCAGUGCAGCACGUGAUCCAGCAUGUCCUCACACCUUCUGGUGAGAUCGCACAGAUUUCGAUUCCUCAAAAUCAAAUGAACUUCUUUCGGGCGACAACGGGAGGAACGACGGCGGCAGCAGGCGCUGGUGCGACACAACCGUUCUUCAUUCAGGCAGCUCCCACAAUCCUCACGUCGGCCGGGAUGUUUCUCAGCGCCAACCAGCUUCAGCAGAUACAGCAGCAGCAACAACAACAACAACAACAACAAUCACAGCAGCAACAACCAUAAACAGUGAAGCAGUAGCAAAACGCUCCUUAGUCCCCGGGGGAGCGUCCUGAGUCCCCUUCUUUUGACACUUUUCAUCGCCGACGCCACUAGGGUUCUACCAUCGAGUGGAUGCCUGCUGUAUGUGGAUGAUGUCAAGCUUUACCUUCCUGUAUCCUCGUCUAAUGAUCUCCUCUCCCUUCAACGUUUUGCUGAUGCGUUU